CCACGACUGUGUGCCUCUUCUACAGAUGCGACGGGAAACAUAUUGACCGCUAUCACCUAGCUGAUACAAGGGACGACCCGCCACCGCCACUGGCCAUGCCCAAGUCCUUGACCAUGUCAAAACAAGCACUUCGCGAGCGGGCUCUUCAGCUUGGUGGCUUUGACGAUGACUAUGACAGGUAUCAAGAUGGGCGAGGGGGAGGAAAGGCCAUGGAGUCUGCCAGUCGUGGAAGAGAUGCGUUUCGUCGCAGAGCUUGGCUGCAGCUUCUUGACAUAGACUGCCCACAUGAUUGGCCUGUAGAGCCUGCAGGUCACUCUCCUUCACAGAAGACACUUGCUACAACUACAGCCGCCGCCAAGACGAACGGGGCGCUUGCCUUACAGGAGAAGCAACAUCGCGAAGCGCCUGAAUUGCUCUCCGACGAAAAAUAUGCCCAGCAGCUGCACGAAGUGCUCAACGGAAGCGCUGCUUUCUCGCUUGAUGAGCCUUCUGGUGCGCUGUAUGGAGCAUCGGCGUCGACAUCGAGAUCCGGUCACAGCCCGACAGCGUCGCCUGGUCGAGGGGAGCUUGAGGGCGCGGAUGAAGAAUGGCAGACGGUCAGCUCAAAGCGCAAAACCUGCCGCCGAGCACAAGAGGCUGUAGCCGAUGGUCCUGGACAUGCACCUAUCCGAAGCGAGCGCACUGGUGUUGCCGAUGCAAGUGUCGGAGUUACUGCUGAUGGCACGGGCACCACCGCCGAAGAGACAGACAAGAGCAAGUCCAAAUCAAAACAGAAUGGCAAGAGCUCCGAAGGGAAAUUUCGAGAAACGUAUCCUAACGAUGAUAGAAAUGAAAGGGCGAAUGCACCCGAAAGCGUCGCCCAGGGCAACAAAAACGACGCUAGCAUCCUGUUCACAGCCCAUCCAGAUGAGGCGCAAGUCACGCUUGACGUCCGGCGAAGCUUCACAUCUUUCCAGCGGGGACCGUUGGCGAAAGACAGUGCCAUACGUGAAGGUCGACGUGCACAGCUGCAGGAGGUGAUCGUGCACACACUCCGCUCACACCCGCAGCUCCACUACUUUCAGGGCUACCACGAUAUCGUGUCUGUGCUGCUGCUUACGCUGUCGCCCGAACAUCCACCAGUGCCGUCGCGAAUCCAUGUUCCUGCAGGCCAAAAUGACUUGUCGAACUCGUUGCCAUCAUCAUCAGCCUCAUCCUCACCAUCAGCCUCGAUGUCAUCAACCUCGUCGCGCAUGCUGAACGGUGACUCCGCCGCCUAUUUCGGUGACGCUUGGUGGCCGAGUUCAAACGAUGCAUCGCUUGUCAAAGCAGCCGUCGCGCGCCUGUCGCUGCACUUCAUCCGCGACAGCUUUGCAUCGACACUCGAUCCCGUCUUGGGACACUUGGCUGUCCUCCGCAACGUCAUUCGCAGCGCUGCUAAUAGCUUGACGGAGGAACAAAAAGGCACAGACCAAAAAGCACAUGAUGAUGUGUCAACAUUGCCUGCUCAGCUGGGAGAGUUGGCUCAAUUGACCGAGCGCGCUUCCCCGCUUCCUUUUUUUGCGCUCUCAUGGGUGCUCACGCUCUUUACUCAUGACGCCCCUUCCCUUCAAAUCAGGCAGCGCGUGCUUGAUUUCGUGCUUGCUCAUGGUCCUACUAGCACCAUUUACCUUUGCGUGGCGGUGAGUGUCAGCACCUUACAGUAAGCAUACACCACGAUCAUCUGAUUAUACCAUCUGCAUACCCACCCCCGCCCGCGCAUGUACAGAUUCUCCUAGCUAAAUUGCCUGCUCUCCAGUCACUUGACGACGAAGAGCGGGGCG